AAUCGCAGCGCCAUUACACUUGAGGGCAAAGAGGUUAGGAAGCCGGCAUGGCGCUCGGGUCAAUAAAAUCGAUAUCUGGAAGCUGCCGGUGUUCUAGGCAAAAGCGGUGCAGCGGCAGCGCCGCCAUUUUCCCCGAAGGCAUCUUCCAGUGCCUUUCACUCAAGUUCCGGCAGGACUUGCCUGAAUAACGGAUAGGUUUCCAGAGACGGCCGAUCCCGGUACCCCCCCGGGCCUUCUCGGGCACCCUCGGCCGGGAUCCAGUGGGGGCUCCUGAAUCCCGGGGUCCGCCAGCGCCCAGGGGCCGAGGCCGGGACUGGGAAGGCCGGCUUUAUGGGUCCAAUGGCGCCGCCUUCGGCCCCGCUCUCCGCACGGGGACCAGGAGGGGUCGGACCCGGCCGGAGAAGGGGAAGGAGGCCGAGGGCCGUGAGGUUCGUGGACGUGGCCGUGUACUUCUCCCCGGAAGAGUGGGGGUGUCUGCGGCCUGCACAGAGAGCCCUGUACCGGGACGUGAUGCGGGAGACCUAUGGCCAUCUGGGCGCGCUCGGGUGCGCAGGUCCCAAACCAGCCCUCAUCUCUUGGUUGGAACGAAAUACAGAUGACUGGGAACCGGCUGCCCUGGAUCCGCAGGAGUGCCCGAGAGGGAUAACAGUCCAGAGAAAAACCAAAACCAGAAAGAAUGGGGAGAAAGAAGUAUUCCCACCCAAGGAGGCACCCCGAAAGGGGAAGCGAGGGCGGCGGCCCAGCAAACCCCGACUUAUCCCCAGGCAGACUUCUGGGGGCCCCAUCUGCCCUGACUGUGGCUGUACCUUCCCUGAUCAUCCCGCCCUGGAGAGCCACAAGUGUGCCCAGAAUCUGAAAAAGCCUUACCCUUGCCCAGACUGCGGGCGUCGCUUUUCCUAUCCGUCCCUGCUCGUCAGUCACCGGCGGGCACACUCUGGGGAGUGCCCCUACGUCUGUGACCAGUGUGGCAAGCGUUUCUCCCAGCGCAAGAACCUCUCCCAGCACCAGGUCAUCCACACCGGCGAGAAGCCCUACCACUGCCCAGACUGUGGCCGCUGCUUCCGUAGGAGCCGGUCCCUGGCCAAUCACCGGACCACGCACACAGGCGAAAAACCCCACCAGUGUCCUACCUGCGGCCGGCGCUUCGCCUACCCUUCCCUCUUAGCCAUCCACCAGCGCACGCACACAGGCGAAAAGCCCUACACCUGCCUGGAAUGCAACCGCCGCUUCCGCCAGCGGACCGCCCUCGUCAUCCACCAGCGCAUCCAUACUGGCGAGAAGCCGUAUCCCUGUCCAGACUGUGAGCGGCGUUUCUCCUCGUCCUCCCGUCUGGUCAGUCAUCGGCGCGUGCACUCCGGGGAGCGUCCCUAUGCCUGCGAGCACUGUGAGGCCCGCUUCUCCCAGCGCAGCACCCUGCUGCAGCACCAGCUCUUGCACACGGGAGAGAAGCCCUACCCCUGCCCAGACUGUGGACGUGCCUUCCGGCGGAGCGGCUCCCUAGCCAUACAUCGCAGCACGCACACUGAGGAGAAGCUGCAUGCGUGCGAUGACUGUGGCCGCCGCUUCGCCUACCCCUCGCUACUGGCCAGCCACCGGCGCGUGCACUCAGGCGAGCGGCCCUAUGCCUGCGACCUUUGCUCCAAGCGUUUUGCCCAGUGGAGCCAUCUGGCUCAGCACCAGCUUCUGCACACCGGGGAGAAACCUUUCCCCUGCCUUGAGUGUGGCCGCUGCUUCCGCCAAAGGUGGUCUUUGGCUGUCCACAAGUGUAGCCCCAAAGCCCCAAACUGUAGCCCUAGAUCUGCUAUAGCGGGGUCCAGCUCAAAAGGCAACACCCUUUAGAAUGGGAAGGACUGUGUAAGUUAAGGAUUUCAACCCCUUCAUUUACAUGGAGGGCCCGAGAGAAGGGAAAGAGAAGCCCCAGGUCAUACAGGGCAGAGUCAGAACUAAAACCCAUGUCUCCUGGUACGUGCUACACAGACCUGAACUCUUUAGUGUAUUCCACCGCACUGGCUGCCUUACUGCGUGUGACUAGAGCAGACAGUUCUGUUGUGAGAGGUGAUGUGAUUCGGUUAAUGUUUCCCCAUAAAUACUUUCUUAUGGAUGUCAGGGCUAGAAGUUCUCUCCAUCUAUUUUAGGGGCUGUCUGCUUUCCUAGUGUGUGCACACAGGGACUACCUGUCCCCUCACACGAAGUCAAGAGAAUCCCAUUCAUAGGUGGCAGGACCUUCCUCUCCUCUGCCUCUUCCUCCAUACCAGGCUUGAACAAACCUAGUUUAGCACCCUUCUACAAUACUCCUGCCACGUGGUCUUCCACCUCUUGCCUAAAAUCCUCCCUUGACAGGGAGCUUACUACCUCACAAGGCAGGUUGUUUUAUUAUGGAAUACUGGUGAUCUUUAGGAGGUCGUUGAGUACUGCAUUCUCCUUUCCUAGAAGCCUUGCCCAGAGCCCUUCAGAUAACUAUCAUAACAGUACUUUGUCUCCAAGUCUUCAGGUUAAAUAGCACUAAUUGGGUCAAUCAUUCCUUAAAGACUGGGUUUCAUUUCCCACAUGUGGUCUCCAGAUAGGCACUGGUUUUUCAGUAUUCCUUUUAAGAAUAAGCCAGCACCACUUAGUGUGCUGCGUUCCCACCUCCUUGGUCUGUGCUGGUAUUAACAGCCCUAGAUUGCAUUGGGCUAGCGGCAGAUGCACUGAGUUUUUUGAGUUGCAGACUUUAAAUGCCCUAUUUUUUUUUUUUUUAACUACAUGCUAUGAAGCUAAGUCUUCUGUACCCUGCAUUUGGAAAGUUGGUUCAAGUCAAGUGUAGGACAAAAGUGCAGUAAGCUUUGGGAAAAGGCUGAUUUCAAGGAAGAGCAGGGGAGCUCUGGUCGAUGAGCAAGAAGGAAAAAUGGGAUCUGUUGGUUGUACUUCAUCCUGUGGCGUUGGAUUAGUUCCAGGCAGUCAGUGGGUGGAAAAUCCUUGAGAAAUGGGUCUUACCCACUGUGAUUCUCAUCAAAAUAAGGAGAAUCAGCACAGAACCUUACAGAGACCUCACACAACAUUACUUUUCACAAAAUGAGGUCAAUCAAGAAGGGUAGGAAGAAAGGUAGUUGAAGUCUACAGAGCAGGAAGAAUUCAGUCACCAAUCAAGUUGCAUCCUUGCCUGUCUCGCUCACAUAAGCUCCACAGGGGCAGCAAUGAGUCUUCCUCGUCACUAUGGCACCCACCACCAGGGAGGUGCUCAAUAAAGCUUUACUGUGAACCCAGCCUGCCACUUUACCUCGGGCAGCUGCACCAAAUUGGAGUUUCCAAACAUGAUUUCUCAUCCUCCUAUCCCAGUGGCUUUCUUCAGUUCUCCUGAGCUCAACCCCAGAGUGGGGGAGAGCUGAAGAACACUUAGUGUUUUGUAAUUACCUCUGUUAUGUUAUUUAGCACGUUGCAUUGUCUGUCUGUCCUCGGCUGGUGAGCUACCCAUGGCCAUACCAGGUUGGAUCUCAUUAAAAUGUCUGAUGAAUGAA